CCGCGACGACGCGCGACGCAUCGCCGAGCAGCGGUAGCCGCGCUAAUUUUACACGCCACUACCUACCAGUCUGCCACUGGCAUACAACUGUUGACCCACUGAUAGUGAAUCUGUGCUCUAACCAUCCAUGUGAGUGACUCAGCGGCGUCUCCCGCCUUACCCACCGAUAUAAUAUUGUCUGGGUUGUCAGAUGUCGGAAACCGAUCUAUAAACCGAGUUUUUUUUUAAUCGGUGUCGUAAGCGGAUCACAUAACAAACAACAAUGAUUGUAUUAUUAUGAUAUUGCCACUAAAGUCUGUGCUCCCUUUAAUGUUACCAUCAAAAGCUAUCGCGUCGAAUUGUACAAAGUGUAAAUAUUAAUGUUUUGAUAUAAAAUUAUUAUUACGCUUACUAAUUAUAUUUAGGGCUAUUUUUAAAACACUUCUAGUGAUACGUACCAAUUUUUAUAUAUAGAAAAGUGAAUGUGAUCGUAAUAUCGGUAUAAUUUAAAUGGAUAUGUAUUACUAAAGAGUUAGGAGUCCGUUGUGUGGUAUUUAAAUUGGUGGGCUUAUAAUCGUUUGGCCAAAAUGUCAUCGCGGACUGGGCAGCGCGGUUCGUCGGUGGCGACCAGCCAGAGGAAGCACCGGUCGCGGUCUACCACCAGGUACGACAUGGAGAAGAAGCCGAAGAAGAAAGAUAUGCGAACGUCGGGCACAACGAGUCUUGUGUCGAUACCUAACAGUAUCAAGCUGACCAUGCUAAACAGCGGCCUCAUAUCUUUUGACCGAGUGACGUUUAAGCCUGAGACGGACGAGAAUGGUUCAAUAUCGGAGACAAUACCCGACCGGCCCGUCGAGAUCAAGAACUUUCCUAAACUCUGCGAGCAGAGGAGGAAAUUUCCAGUUCUGUAUAAAUUAGAAUUUCAGACGGCGGUGAAAGUAGAAGUACACUCGUGCCGGCACGGCACUAGGAAGACGAAUUUACUCAAGAACCAAAACCAAAAAGUUAUACCUUAUGACUACAACAGAGUGGUGCUAGAAACUGUAGACCGAGAGCCAGACUCUGACUAUAUUAAUGCUUCCUAUAUAGAUAGUGUAUUAAAACCAAACGCGUAUAUAGUAACACAGGGGCCAACUGAGGACACAGUGGUGUACUUCUGGAAAAUGAUAUGGCAGGAGCGCGCGGCCGCCAUCGUUAUGCUCACAAAAACAUUCGACUUUAUCAAGGUUAUGUGUGUCCAAUAUUGGCCACCAAAUAAGGAAAAAGAUGAAACAUAUGGCGACAUAAGCGUUGGAAUAGUUCAAGAGGAGGAGCUUGCUAAUUUUCACAUACGGACAUUCAGGCUGUACAAGACUGAAAAGAAUGUGGUAAUAGAAGAACGGUUUAUACUUCAGUUCCAUUACACACAAUGGCAUUCGCAUACGUGUCCAUUCAGCAAUGCACUCCUGGAGUUCAGAAGACGUGUCCGCGCAGUGGUGGGCCGUAGGUUGGCCGCUAAUCCAGCAGCUGGACCUAUGGUAGUCCAUUGCAAUGACGGUGGAGGUCGAUCGGGAGUGUAUUUGGCAAUUGAUGCAAAUCUGGAGUUGGCUGAAGAAGAAGACUGCUUCGAUGUUUUCGGGUAUUUGAAAAAAUUGAGACAAUCUAGAAAAGGCCUUAUUGAGAAUGAGGAACAAUAUAAAUUUGUGUACGACACAUUAGAAGAGCACGUCGUGUGCGGGGUGUCAUGGUUCCCAGUGUCGGAACUAUCGCAAAGAUUAAAACAGAAGUCCCAAAGAGACCCAGUGUCUAAGCUGAACGAGUAUCAAAAGGAAUACCAGCAAAUAUGCAAACAGACGCCAAGAUUUACUAUAGGAGACUGUGCUGGGGGUCACAGGGGAGAUAACAGGGAGAAGAACAGAGACGUGCUUGUUGUACCCCCUGACAACUUUCGGCCAUACUUAACGUCGUUCCAAGGAAACAGUUUUACGGAUUACAUCAACGCUGUCUUCGUGGACGGAUACACGAAACCUAGGGAGUACAUUGUAACGGAAUGGCCUCUGGUUAUGACACAAGGCGAGUUCUGGUCGUUGGUGUAUGACUACGAAUGUGCCGCAGUGGUGGUUCUGUGCGUACCGCCGAAAAAUUCUCAACAAUUCCCUCCAUUUUGGCCCGAAGGUCGGCAUUCGAAGAAAUACGGACCAGUGUUUACGAUAGACCACGUGUCACACAACCACUACACCAAUAUCAAGACCUGGAUAUUUAGAAUCAAUAAAAAGAUCGUUUCACUCACUGAGUUGAUGGCGGGCGUUAAAGCGCCACCGAAAACAGUUCAGCUGUUCCAACUGACCUGCUGGCCUAUGGGUCACAAGGUCCCUUCGUCCACCAACUCGCUGGUCGAACUCAUGAAUAUGGUGGAGCGAUGGCGACAGCGGACAGAUUAUGGACCAGUCUGCGUUGUUUCACCAGAUGGUCGUAGUCGUGCCGGUGUAUACUGUGCAGCCAAUGCGUGCAUCGAACAAGUGAUCCAACACGGUGAAGUCGAUGUUUUUCAAGCUGUGAAAACUGUACGCCGGCAUAGACCGCAACUCGUUGAAAAUAUGACUGAAUACAAAUACUGCUAUGACCUAGUGCUCCAUUACGUGCUGCACUAUUUAAAUAAAGACAUGAAUGAAAAGAAGUGAGAG